GUGAGCUGGUCGGGGCUGACUUGUCCGGUGUGGGAUGUGUGCGGCUCAGUCUGGGGACAGCUCAGCGGAUGACAUCCAUCUCCGGCGGGAUUGCUUUUUUUGUUUUUGUUUUUUUGUUUUUUUUGCACCUGAAAAAUAAAUAAACAGCAAAAGAAGGUUGAGGGCGGCGGGACCGGCGCAGAGGAAGGGCUCGGAUGUUGUGUGACCGGCCAGCAUUGCUCCAGAGACUCUGAUCCCACAAAAACUUCCUCCCUGGACGCUGCUGCGGGGACUUGGCUGGGAUUUCCGCCGCGACAGGGGAGCCGCUCCGGAUGGUCACAAAUGUUAGCUGUGGGGCAGAUGGAUACUAACAGACAGGGAGCCUUCGUGCUGAGCAGCACCCCCCUGGCUGCCCUCCAUAAUAUGGCAGAGAUGAAGACCACCUUGUUCCCCUAUGCACUACAGAACCCCUCCACCUUCAAAGCCCACAACCUCUCCUCCCUAAACACACAGUUCCCCCUGGGGACGCCGCAUGGGAUUAGUGACAUUCUCGGGAGGCCCCUGGGGGCCACUCUGGGGGCAUCCGGCAACCUGCUCUCCAGCCUGCCUCGUAUUAAUGGACUCGCCACCUCCACUGGGAUGUACUUUAACCCAGCAGCCGUGUCCAGGUACCCCAAACCCCUGGCAGAGCUGCCAGGAAGAGCGCCCAUCUUCUGGCCUGGAGUCAUGCAAAGUUCACCUUGGAGGGAUCCCAGGCUGACCUGUCCUAAUGAUGUAAGUCGUCUUUGGUUGAUCAUUGCAGGCCAGGCUGGGAUGAUGCUGGAUAAAGACGGCAAAAAGAAGCACUCCAGACCCACCUUCUCAGGACAGCAGAUUUUUGCUUUGGAAAAGACAUUUGAACAGACCAAAUAUCUGGCAGGUCCGGAGAGAGCGCGCCUGGCCUACUCCCUGGGCAUGACAGAAUCUCAGGUCAAGGUGUGGUUUCAGAACCGCAGGACCAAGUGGAGAAAGCGGCACGCGGCAGAGAUGGCAACAGCCAAGAAAAAGCACGAUUCGGAGACGGAGAAGAUGAAGGAGAGUUCGGAUAAUGAGGACGAUGAUGAAUACAACAAGCCCCUAGACCCGAACUCCGACGACGAGAAAAUCUCCAGGUUGUUGAAAAAGCACAAAAGCACAAACUUGAACUUGUUAAGCCCGUGCAGCAAUAACUCGGACACCUUGUGAUCCACAAGAAGAGACUUGUGACUCCUCCAAAUCCCCCCCCCCCUACACCCCAAGGACCUUCUCUCCCAGCCCCUCCAAAAAACAAGCGCUUUACAAGCUGAAAUGACCAGGGUAUUCCAAUUAUAAAUAAGAGUUGUAAGUGUAUGUUUAAAAAGUGCUAUGUGUUGUACAGCUGAAAAUGUAUGUUGAGAUGUAUAUAAUUUUUUACAGAAUAAGUUAUAAAAAUGAUCUUGUUGCUCCUGUAUAUUGGGAUUAAUGGACCGACUAUGGGGGGGACACGGCGACCCCCCCAAAUAUCCACUCUGUAAUUACAGACACCGCUCACACCCAGAUCUAUCUAUCUAUCUAUAUAUAUAUAUAAAAACACACACUUUGUAACUUUUUGUACAGCUGCAUUUCCUCCUACUUUGUAUAUAUCAGAUUACACAAAUUUUGUGGUGUGUUUUUCCCAAUGCAGAAAAAAAAAGGCUCUUGAAGUUUUCCACAUUGACAUCCCAGCCAAAAAAA